UUCUAGGGGUCAGUCUGGCUUGAGCUCUGUCGCUCUCUAUCCGUCACCGGGAGGAAGACAGAGCUGGCUGCCCAGCCCACAGGCUCAUUAGGGGAUGCAGUUAUGGGCGCUGUCGCCGUGGAUUGUUAUUUUGUGUCAGUAAGUAAUCCAUAAAGUGCCAACAUGGGAAAGAAACGGACAAAGGGAAAAACUGUUCCAAUUGAUGAUUCUUCUGAAUCUUUAGAACCUAUGUGCAGACACAUUAGAAAAGGAUUGGAACAAGGUAAUUUGAAAAGGGCUUUAUUGAAUGUGGAAUGGAAUAUUUGCCAAGAUUGUAAGACGGACAAUAAAAUAAAAGAUAAAUCUGAAGAAGAAACAGAAGAAAACCCUUCAGUUUGGCUAUGUCUUAAAUGUGGGCAUCAGGGCUGUGGCAGAGAUUCUCAGGAGCAACAUGCCUUGAAGCACUAUAUGACACCAAGAUCUGAACCUCAUUGUCUGGUUCUCAGUUUGGACAACUGGAGUGUAUGGUGUUACCUAUGUGAUGAUGAGGUCCAGUAUUGUAGUUCAAACAGAUUGGGUCAGGUGGUUGAUUAUGUUAGAAAACAAGCUGGUAUCACAACUCCAAAAUCAGCAGCAAAAGAUGGUAACAUUGAACUCGAAAAUAAAAAAUUAGAAAAGGAGAGUAAAAAUGAACAAGAGCGAGAAAAAAAGGAAAACAUGACUAAAGAAAAUCCUUCCACUAAUUCUGCUACCCAAAUAACUGUGAAAGGACUCAGUAAUUUAGGAAAUACAUGUUUCUUCAAUGCAGUUAUGCAGAAUUUGUCACAAACACCAGUGCUGAGAGAACUACUAAAAGAAGUAAAAAUGUCCGGAACAAUUGUAAAAAUUGAACCUCCUGAUUUGGCACUAACUGAACCCUUAGAAAUAAACCUUGAGCCUCCAGGCCCUCUUACUUUAGCCAUGAGCCAGUUUCUUAAUGAGAUGCAAGAGACCAAAAAGGGAAUCGUGACACCUAAAGAACUCUUUUCUCAGGUCUGUAAAAAAGCAGUACGGUUUAAAGGCUAUCAGCAACAAGACAGCCAGGAGCUGCUUCGGUAUUUAUUGGAUGGAAUGAGAGCAGAAGAACAACAAAGAGUGAGUAAAGGAAUUCUUAAAGCAUUUGGUAAUUCUACUGAAAAAUUGGAUGAAGAACUAAAAAAUAAAGUUAAAGAUUAUGAAAAGAAAAAAUCUGUACCAAGUUUUGUGGACCGCAUCUUUGGUGGUGAACUAACUAGUACAAUCAUGUGUGAUGAAUGCAGAACUGUCUCCUUGGUUCAUGAAUCUUUCCUUGAUUUGUCUCUACCAGUUUUAGAUGAUCAGAGUGGUAAGAAAAGUAUAAAUGAUAAAAAUUUGAAAAAGACCAUGGAAGAUGAAGAUAAAGAGAGUGAGGAGGAGAAAGACAAUGAUAGUUACAUCAAAGAAAGGAGUGACAUUCCAUCGGGAACAAGUAAGCACUUACAGAAGAAAGCAAAGAAGCAAGCCAAAAAGCAAGCCAAGAACCAACGAAGGCAACAAAAAAUUCAAGGAAAAGUUCUUCAUUUAAAUGAUAUCUGUACCAUUGACCAUCCUGAAGAUAAUGAAUGUGAGGUUGAAAUGUCACUUCAGGGAGAAGUGGAUGUUAAAUCCAAUCAUAUUUCAGAAGAGGAAAUUAUACAUAAAGAAUAUUGUGUUAAUCAGAAAGAUGUGAAUGGCCAAGAAAAAAUGGUAGAAAGUGUAACUGACAAUCAGAAAUCCACAGAAGAAGUAGCUAUGAACAAUGUCCACAUGGAUAACGAUUUGGAUGUCCUGGCAUCUUCUCCCGGUGACUGCGCUAGGAAUGUAAAUGGUGCCCAUCUGACAGAAGGGAGUGGUGAUGUGGACAUUUCCAGUGGUUUCAAAAACCUUAACUUGAAUACUGUUCUUCAACCUGAUGAAAUAAAUAUAGAGAUUCUGAAUGAGAGUCAUUCUCCUGGGACCAAGGUAUAUGAAGUCGUAAAUGAAGAUCCAGAAACUGCUUUCUGUACUCUUGCGAACAGGGAAGCUUUCCAUACUGAUGAGUGUUCGAUCCAACAUUGUUUAUAUCAGUUCACCCGAAAUGAAAAACUUCGAGAUGCAAAUAAGCUGCUUUGUGAAGUAUGCACCCGGAGACAGUUUAGUGGACCAAAGGCAAACAUAAAAGGAGAAAGGAAACAUGUUUAUACCAAUGCGAAAAAGCAGAUGCUAAUUUCUCUUGCUCCUCCUGUUCUCACUCUUCAUUUAAAGAGAUUUCAGCAGGCUGGUUUUAACCUACGCAAAGUUAACAAACACAUAAAAUUUCCGGAAAUCUUAGAUUUGGCUCCUUUUUGUACCCUUAAAUGUAAGGAUAGGAUCUCCUGUGUGGAGCACGGAGAAAGAGAAGAGAUGGUUAAUGACAACUCUGGUGAGCAUCAGAGCCCAAGAGGCAUGUGAAGAAGAGGACAACACUACCAACGGUCUCAGCAAAUCUCUGUGUUGAAGAAUUUGGAUAGAGAAACUACAGUAUUAAAGCUGUAGAUUCCAAAUACCUCAGUAUCAACAUUAAUAAAGUUUUUAUUGGCAAAAUUUGAAAUGAUAGAAAUUCUCUUUUUCUGCCUCCCAAUUUAGAAUUCUUCAAGAAAGGUAUUUCCAAGCUGGUGGGUAAAGGGAAUUGUUAGUAUCUUCAUUGUAUCACCAUGGGGCAGGGCCACUUUUGCUGGUAAACAGAAAUACCUGUAGUUGGUUUAGUUCAAACACAGGGUCAUUAGGAAUCUAUUAUUUGCCUAAAAUGUCAUUGGCCCGUGUUCAGGUUUCAAGGAAAGGAUGAGGGGGCCUCAGUGUCCGAAUAUCAGAGAAAAAAAAAAGUAUUUGUGGAUUAGAUGGUAUAGGGGUCAUGGUAAAUUUUUAAAUAAGUGUUGGUGGACUUGAAUGAGAAUAUUGGAAAUAAAGCCUGUAGAUACAUCAGAGGCUUUACUGAAAAGGAAAAUGGUGGACCAGUGAUUAUUUUAAGCCUGGGAGACGUAAGUAGGUUGGUAAGCCAAGAGGAAAAUUUACUCCUUGAAGAUACAGAAAAGAGAGAAAACUGAUUAAGCAGGACCCUGGAGGAGACGAGAAAAGCUUAGUAACACUAAGCUGGGAGCAUAGUCUCUGAAUAAGAGGAAGAGAUACUUCAUCUUCCUGAGAAUGGGCAGCUUAGAGUCGAUAGCUUGUUAUCUUGGUUUUCCUGAAGUGGGAGGUGAGAUCAACUGCAGAGAUUAGUCAAGGGUUGGGGGAGUAAGGAGAGGCUAAAGGAGUGGUGAAGUGCGGGCCAGUUGCUGUGAAGGCCGUCUGUGGAACUAGAGAGCUAAGGAACAAGUUACGAGAUCGUAGUCCGUCACAUGGGGAUCCCAGUUAGUCCUCAGUCAAUUUACCAAUCCACACGGCGUGUAAUUUUGCCUCCUAGCAAUAGCAGCAGAGUAGAAUGUUCUGAUCAUUGUGCUCGCAAAGCUGUGGUGUGUGUAAGAUGAUUUGUAAGACUCAUGCAUGUGGUCUGAGCUCUCCAGCUUUAGUGUGCAUAUGUCACUUGGGCCUCAGUAGGACUCGGGUGGUGGUCUGUGCUGACACUGCUGUUCCAUUGCCACUUGGAGUAGUGAAGACACAGAUCUGAUUGGGGAAUGAGGCCAGGAGAGGCUUCAUCAGCCAGGAGAAAAGGACUGGAACAUUCAGUUAGGUGGGAGAGGGGGGAGACGGGUGAGAUGAAAACUGGAAGAAUGGAAGGAGUUCUGGGCUGAGACUAGAAAAAUAGGAAGACUUGAAGUGGAACAGUUCCAAGUGAGAACGCAUUGUAGAAUUUAGUCCUGGGUGCGGCAGCUUAGUCGGGAUGGCAGCAGACACCCCGGGAAGCGGAGCAACUCUUUGAAGAGCAGACAGAAUUUGAGGCAAAGUAUGAAGUUUUCUAGUGAAUAGGGGGCCAUAGAUGUAAAGAGAUGAUAGUUUGGAAGGGCAGGGAGGCACAUUCAGGACUUUUUACAAGAGAACCUAAGUUGGAAGUUGUCUGAAAGUGGCCCCCAACUCAGAGAACGCCUUUCCCCGUCACCAGUCUGCCCUACUGCAUGUAUAGUAUCUUAGAAUAAGCAGCCUCCGUGGUCUUGAUGGUGAAAGUGAACAUGUGAGAAGUUGAAUCUCUAAGGGACAUAUAUAAAUUUAAAGGGGAGUUUUUUAAACGUGAGCCUCUUGAUCUUAAAAUAAGACUUAGUCUG